AUGAUGAUGGACUUCCUGUGCUCGCUGUGCGGUGGGGCUCCCAGCACGGCCCAGGCCAAAGAGGAAGGCGUGAGGUGCUGGCCGCAGCACCCCCUGCUGCAGCGCUACAGGCUCAUCAAGCAGCUGGGCGAGGGCGGCUUCUCUGAGGUCCAUCUUGCAGAGUGUCUGGAAACUGGCAAGCAGGUGGCGCUCAAGGUGGUGUUCUUGGGCCGCCGUGACCUGAGCAGCGAGCAGCGCGCCAUCCUGGCUUCAGAGGCCAAGUUCCUUCGCAUGGUCAACCACCCCAACGUGAUCCGCUGCCUCGAGAUCGUCGACGUGGGGCGCGGCGCCGCCGCCGUCAUUGUGAUGGAGGCGCUGAGCGGCGGCGAGGUGCUGCGGCAGCUGGGGGCUAUGGAGUCGUACAGCGAGGAGGUGGCGGCCAGGGUGUUUGCCCAGGUGAUGUCUGGUGUGGCGUACCUUCACAGCCUGGGCCUCAUGCACCGCGACAUCAAGCCGGAGAACGUCAAGCUCAUUGACCUGGGCAUGGCGGGGGUGUACCGCCCGCGAGCCCCGCAGCGCGGCUGCAUGGGCAGCCCGGGGUUCAUCGCGCCCGAGGUCGUCAGGGGCGCUCCACACUCGCCGGCGAUGGACGUGUACUCCUGCGGCGUCCUGCUCUUUGUGAUGCUGGUCGGCCGCAAGCCAUGGGACGCGGAUGACAGCGCCAGCCUGCAGUACGCGGUGCGGCGGCGGGACGAGGCGCCAGGGCUGCGGGACGCGCGGUUUGCCGCGGUUAGUAAGGACGCGCAGCAGCUGCUGGCGUGGAUGCUGUCAGACCUGGCGCGGGACAGGCCGACGGCAGCACAGGUGCUGGAGCACCCCUGGCUGCAGCGCGACCCCACAGGAGCGCGCGCCCGCCGCCUCCUCAGCCGCGCCGUCCAGAAGCGGAUGGGUGCCCUUGCCGACAGCCGCCGCCUGCUGGGAACGCGGCGUGCGAUGCUGCUGAUGCAUGCGGGCAGCGGCAAGGACGCAGCAGCGGCGUUCCACCGCGCUGUCACCGAGGCAAAGCGGCUCAUGGACGAGGCCGCAGCGGCGCGGAGCAUGCAACAGCGACAGCAGCAGCAGCAGCAGCAGCAGCAGCAGCAGCAGCAGCAGCAGCAGCAGCAGCAGCAGCAGCAGGGGCAAAUUGCCCCCAUGACAGAAUCGAUGUCAACAGCGGAGGAGCCCACGAGCGCAGGGCAGCAGCGGGUGGCUCCGCAGCAGUUGCAGCAGCAGCAGCAGCAGCAGCAGCAGCAGCAGCAGCAGCAGCAGCACGGGGCCGCAGCCUCUGUUGCUGCCCCAUCAGGGCAGCUGGCAGCGACUGCGCUCGCAGACGGCCCGCAGCGCAAGAAGCAGAAGGGCGGCGCCCAGCCGUCUGCCCUGGCGGCGGCCAUUGCCGGCUGCGGCUCCCAGGCCUUCCUGGCUGAGCUGGCGGCACGCUCUGACGCGUCACUCACCGACCUUGCGCGCGUGAGCCUCGCGCGCCAGAGCCGCAUCGCGCCCGCGGCGCCCAGCAACGCGGGUGCGCUCGCGGGCGGCGGCGGCGGCGGCGGUCACUCAUUCUUGUUCCCUGCUGUGGCUGCUGACACGGCUGCCACAGGAGGGGCCAAAAGAGCCGUGCGGCAGCCGGGGCCUGCGACAGCGGCAGCUGCCGCGCCUGGCGGCGGCGUCACUUCGGUGCCAAUAGGGGAGUCUGGCAGCCGGCCCGUCUCUUCGGAAGGCGACCCCUCUGCCCUGCUGCUGCCCCUGGCUCUGGAGCGCGGCAUCAGCCUGCCCGCGGCAAUGAUGAAUCGCAGCAGCGGCGGCGGCGGCGGCCGCUCGGGACGAUGGUUCGAGGUUAGGAGGGCCAGGGCCGUCUCCUACUCCCCCGGGGCCCUGGAGCUGCUCGCCGCCGCCGACGCAGCGCAGCAGAUUGACAUAAUCCACGGCCGCACCACGACCGAGGACGACGCGACCUCCCUGGGCGCCUCCACGCAGCUGAUGGGCGCCACGCUGCCAGGCCUGGGCGCGCUGGGGCUGGGCACGCCGGGCGCGGGUGGCGGCGCGCGGGCGGCGUGGAGCCCGAGGGCGGCGGCGCAGGAGCUGCUGGCGUCCUUCCGGCGGAGGGCCCCGACCCGCAGCUCGUCGGUCCGGCGCUCCUUCCAGCGCGCGCGGCUCCUCAACACCCAGCUCUCGGCCACACAGCGCCUCAGCGGCGCCAGCGCCGGCGCCGCGGUGGGCAGCCUGGGCGCGGCUGGCGGACGCAAGUCGGAUCUGGGUGGCGCGCUGUUUUCCGCGGCAGCCGGGCGCCUCUUGCGGCACUCGCGCAGCGGCGGCGAGAUGGCAUUUGUGGGCGGUCCGACUGGCUACCCGCGCAGCAGCAGCAGCGGCCGCGAGCCCCUGCUCGCCGCCCACGACGCGGCAUCGGCAGCGGUCCGGUCCCCACCCCGGGGUGGCCCUGUGUUCCGCGCCAGCACUGCAGCCGCAAACAGCAGCGCCCUCACCUCCCUGCCGAACCAGCAGCCCCACCUGCAGCAGCAGCAGCAGCAGCCGCAGCAGCUCGAGGAACAGCAACAGCAGCAGCAGCACCAGGCCAGCCUGGACUUGGAUCUGCUGCUCUACUUGGACGCCCAGGACAGCACUGCGCUGCAGCGCUCCACCUCUGGCGCGGCGCGCACCGCCCAGCCAGCCGCGGCAGCAUCAUCUGCGACGCCACCGCCACCGCCGCAGCAAAACAAGCUACCGCUAGGCGGUGCUCGCGAGCUGGUGGUUGCGUCCGCGUUCGCAACGGGCCAGCAGGGGCCGCAGCACUCGCAAGCGGCGGCAGCGGCGGCGCCCGCGCCCCCGGGCCAGCAGCAGCACGCGCGCCAGAGGACGCCCAGCCUGGAGACGGCCCCCAGUGAUGAGGGCUGGGGCCUGCCCAGCGGCCUGCUGUCCGCGCCCCUGUGGCUGCAGCAGCCGGACGGCAGCGCGAGCGGCCAGCCGGGGCGCCUGGAGCUCCAGGGCUUCGUGCCCACGCUGCAGUGCACUGCGUCCGGCGCGACGACCGCGGAGCUCACGCCCUCGGGGCUGGCGCAGGUGGACGAAGGCGGCUCUUUGGCUGACGACGAGGAGGCGCAGGCGGCGCGGCGCGCGUCUGCAGGGUCCUGCGGAAGCGAGGCGUGCGCGGCCGUGGAUGCGGCGUCAGCUCCGGCCACCGCAGAGCAGCCAGAGGCGGCCGUGGCUUUUGGCGCGGGGAUUGAGGGGCGAGGGCCUGCUGGCGGCGCCAGCCAGGGCGGCGGCGCGCCCGACUCCCCGCGCCACGGGCGCAGCCCCAGCCACGUGGACCACUGGCUGCAGCCCGGCUGGGCGCAGGCAGCGCUGAUGGGGCCGCCCCUCGGCACCCAGAAUGUGCCAGGCUGGUUGGAGGGAAUCAGAGAGGGCGCGCGCAACGGGUCCCAGGCGGCGGCAAGAAUCCUGGCCGGGGACCUGCAGCAGGACGCCGUGCUGGCAGCGCAUCUGCUAUCACCAUGA